GUUUUGUCAGUCAAUAUGUCUUAGUCUUGGUAGAUAUAAAUUCAGAACUAUUUAUUUUUUGCUUCUCAGACAGUAGUCUGAGACUGGUACGAGAACUAAGUUUUCAGGAUAAGAAAAAGAAAAUAUCAAGAUUUUGGAUCGAUACGAAAAUAUCAACAUCUAUUGUUGUACUUGUAAUAAAGAGAGCAAAUUUAUUUGUAAUUCAAGUCUGGCUUUUUGUUUUUGCCUUCUUAUGCAUGAUGAGUACUCGUACUACUGCUUAUUGAUGGUAUAAUGAUUUUUGAGAAUAUACUUCUUCUGUGGAUUCAUUGAUAUUUCUUUCUUCUGAUUUGUAAUGCCUUUCGGAAGCAAUAAUCUUAAGCCAAGUCAUCUGAUCAACAUGUCGCAACAAGAAAGCGUGACAACGUCGUUCGCUCAGACAAAAGCACCGGGUGGCGCGGAGGAUGACGUGAGACUUCGGGUAAUUACUUUUGUAUCCGUUCAUCUCAAUCUGUGGACAAGCUAGCUUAUUGUCGCACAACUAAACCCAUGCAUAUUUUCCACUCCACAUGAUGCCUCGACAUCAUUCUCUUUGUCGUUCUCUUUGUCGUGCAUGAAGUUGUAGAGUUUGUUCGCAUAUGACCAAAACUGACAUACAGGAUUCGGUGUAUGAUCCAACGAUUGAUCGCUGGUUUAAAGCGCGUGCGGAAGAAUACAACGCAGACUAUGAGGCCCGGAAGAAGAAUCUUGACGAUGUUAAUGUCGCGCGACAGCUGCAGGGGCUCAGUAACAAUUAUACAUCAUUCUCAGUCUAUGAGUGUUGGGAACCACCUCCUAAAAAUUGUAAUAUCAUUACAUCCACGAAUAUACGACUAUAACAAUUAUCACGAAAAUUUUUGACAUUACGUUUGUAGGCAUCAUGCAAAAGACAUGAAGUUGAUGCUUUUCUUCUUUAUUUGCUCAUCUUGACGUUGCCCACUUAUUGACAUAUCUUAAGCAUGAAGUACUCGAGGUUUCCUGUUGACCUUCUUUCAUGCAUGCAACUCUUUACUCGAACUAUGUGUGUGUCGUUUGAUUCUGUCCCAUACCUAUCUAAGCCACAAUAAGGUGCAGCGGAAACUACGGCAAUAGAGGGUCCUCGCGAGACGGCGAGGCGUUUACUUGAGUUUGCGGAUGUAGGAGAAGGCAACCCCUUCGCGGGUCCAGAAGCCCCUUCGCCACCGAUACAUCGCGGAGUCUUGGUUCAAGAUGCUGAGGACAAAAUGGGAAUAGUGUAUUUUUCCUCUAUUUUGAACAAUUUAGUUUCUGAAUAUUUCUUCAUUUAUGCUUCUCGUUUAGAAAUCGGUACUUUCUAUCUUGUCGUCUUGAUUAGGGGAGUCUCCAUGGAGUAUCCAUCUGAUGCAUGUGCUUUUUAUCUGGGACCAAUGCGCCACUCCAGUGUAGUACUUCUAGAGCAAAUGAAUCAGUGGUCGUUUACCUUAUCACUGGUAACAUCAAAGAGUUGUUUGCUAUGUUGACGUCCACAUUCUAAUCUUGAUGAGGGUAUGUCUUAAAACAAGUUGAAAUUUUGAGUUGCUCUCGUCCCAUGUCAGGACCGGCGGCGGAGGAGGUGAGUCUGUCGAAUACGUCAAGUGUUUUAAAGGGACACAGCGUGUUGCUUGCGGUGAAGGUGCUGCCAACGGCGACAGGAAGGUGUGUGCAGCUGGUCUGGAUGGUAUCAGAAGUUUGAAUUUCUGAUCCCUCAACAGGGACUUUUCAUUUGGUCUAGGCAAACCAAUCAUGUGAUCAUGAUUAUCGAAAAUGGUGCUCAAAGUACGUCCUUGGUUGAGUAAGUGCGAACUAUUUUGAAUAUGAUGGUAUAAUCUAUUUGGAUCGUCGCCUUUACUCAGGAAGCAAAGCAAAUAAAGUACAGGCUUCGAUAAUCUUCACUUCUAGUUGGUAGGUACAAUGAAAAGUGCGGUGAAGAAGAUACUCUUUUAGUCCUGCGGGACGAAAUAUCUGUAUGGAGCAGGGGAGCAGACUGUCUACCAACUGAAUACAAAAGAUGAAAAUAUGAGUAUCUUUUUGCAACUACUGACAGACGACUACAAAUGACUUUGUUUUUGCCACUCACAGAGCCGACAGCGGUAGUCGCUGCAGUUGCUCCGCAGGGAGUUUUCGAGGAUAUCAGUAAGUCCGAUACUGAAGUGGCCUCUCGGAAUCCGGGUAGCAGCUCAGAGCAGCCUGAGACGAUCAUACCGUCAGGAGCCGCCUCGAUGACGAGGGUGGAGGAAAAUAGAUCCGAGCGAGAUGAGCAUCGGGACAAGCCUGGCGAACCAGACGACAGUCAAAGAGGCUGCGAGAACGGUGAAACCAGCUGUUCUAGACGAUCGAUCUCACCGCUCCCGGAGACUAGGCGUGACGCUGGAGCAGCAUCACCGCAAGCAGAGACUCGAGAAGCCGCUGAUGCUAGUAGCAGUAACCAAGCACCAGUAGAGGAGGAUGCGGCCGCGGUGUCUGCACUGUCAGGGUGUGACGCGUCCUCAUCACUUCAUAGUGGCAGUUUUCCAGACGUCGUGAGCGAGAAUACUGCGACCGCAGACGCAGGUGCGAGCGCAGUCGUGAAAGACAACGACAAUAGAGUGGAUGCAGCAGAUGAAUCGAACAACACUGGGACGGCAGUGGCGCACGACUCGGAUACGGUAGUGGCACACGGCACCAGUGCUGCAGUGUUGAAGGAAGCUGGGGCGGCAGUAGCGAAGGACAUCGAUGCUGCACUGUCGAAGGACACUGUCGCAGUAGUAACCGACGGUACUGAUGCUGCUGUAUCGAACGACACACUAGAAACCGCACUACCUGACAAAACCGAUUUUCCACUAUCAAAGGACGCCGGUUCUUCGGCAAGAUCGUCAAGCCCACUGGCAGACGAAGCGACCGAUUCUUGUCAAUCUUCGCUUUCAGCGGCGACUGCGAGGGUAGGCGGAACCGGGGAAACUACAAGCGCGUCAAGUAACUCAGUAGACGGUGUUGGGAAGGAGAGUCCAACCUCCAGUGGCGAGAGCUGCUCAACAGCUGCCGAGGACAGCGCUCCAGAAGACACCUCUCAACGAAAUCACAAUGAGGAUGACCUGCGGGUGAAGAAGACCGCAGAAGGGAAACAAGCGGACGAUGGUAGUACGAAAUGCGAAGAGCAGAAGCAGAACAACGCCGCGGGAGACUGCCAGGUGCAAGCGGGUUCUACUCCUUCCUCUAGCAGUUCGUCUCCAGCUGACGAAGAAGAAGUGCCUUCAAUACCGGACACACAGCGUCCUGUCUCUGCGGAUGCACAGAAACUUUCGAGCAGUGAAAGCGUUUCGAGAAGCAGCAGUAGCAGUAGCUCGUCAUCAAGCGUCACAACAGGUCCUCGAGCCAGUACGCAAAGCGAUGCAAGAACCGGGACGCCAGCGAAGGAACAGCCGUCUAGUGUACCAGUGGCGACUCCAGGCGCGGAAGGGUCUGGAGCGGGUGGUCGAACGAUAGAAAAACACGCUUUGACACCGCCAAAAGUUGCUGCGUCUGAAAAUACAUUAUCGAGUCAAGGAUCCACUGAGUCUUCACGAGCGGUUGUCUUAGCAGGGCAAGGUACUACUUGUAACUGACGUAGCUGAUUUGUCAUUGUCUAGUACUAAAAGUACGACUCAUCUUGGAUUUGAGAACGAAGAUGUACUAGGAAAUGAUCACCGUUUGUCUCAUUCGACACUUUCUUGCUUCAUGUGAAUUCGGCGUCCAAUAAAUUUUGGACAAGGUUCAGCAACUACCGUGGGACCGCGCCGUGUCGGUUUAAUGCAGAGACCGCAGCCAGCAACACAGGCCAAGGAGGGCGGUCUAGGACUUGGAGAAUCGCCUGCCAGACAGGGGAAAAUCGUGCUGGCUUCGCAGUCGCAAAGUGCAUCGAGCGCCAAGGCCGUAGGUUUUGCGGCUCCGCCGAAACCACCGGCAAAGCCACCACAACCUGUGCCACCUUGUGGGGGUCCGAAGCUAGUGCCUGGUGGCGGGCUCCUUCCGGUAUUCACAUUGAAAAUUAGUUGUGUACUAUUCAUAUUCUGAUACUGACAUUGAUUCUGUUGGUACUAGGUGUUCAAAAUGUAUCUGUUUCGGGACCUGCACAUUCGUGUUGUAGGUGGGCAAUUCACUACCUUCGUUACGUUUUUAGAUUUUGCUGAUGAAUAAAUAGCGUAGAUGCAACAUUUGACGACCUUCCUUUAUCUCUCUUACGAUCAUCACAUUUGCAGCGCGGUUGCGGUCGUGGAGGAUGUCCGUCGUGCGACAUCCGAAUUCCGGAAGGUACGCAGAAUCAGGAUAUUGUAUCGGCGUGUCAGCAUACUGGCGACGGAUUGCUUGUACUGCCGGAUGACGGAUUGUCAACCGACAAACUGCCAGAGCAGCUCGACCGGAAGCCGCUGGACCCCAGCUCAGCACUGCGGACGACAAUAGCGCACCCGCGUUCGCUUCUGGACGAAAAGCGGGAUAUGCCGAGCUUCGACCCGAAAUACGCUGAGCAGUACAUGCUAUACGCACAACAGUACGGCGCCUACUCACAGCAGUUCGCACUCUACGCACAGUACAUUCUUCUUUGUGAAAUAUAUUGUCAUUGAAUUCGAAUGAUGGUGUAUAAUGUACUACUGGCAUUCUAUUUUUUCGGGAGAAGGUGGGGGUUAUUUUUACAUUUUGACGUUUUCUGCUGCAGAUGAUAUAUCGAAUUUGUAACAGCACAUCCUCCAUGAUCUGCAAUAAAUAUAUUUAUUCCACCAGGUAUUGCGCACAGCAAGGCGCAGUUGACGCGGCGAAGCGAGAGUUUGAGCUUCGAAAGAAGCGAGAGGAGGAGGAAUUGAAGCGAGUGCAGAAACGUGCAGCCAAAAAGGGUAAGCCUAUUCCAAAAGACCCUAAGGAAAAUGCGCAAAAGCCGAUAAUGAUCACGCCCUAUCGACACAACUGGCAGCUUGCGAGCAAUUCACAAGACCCCGACGAGUCCUGGUUCGAUCACCUGUGGAACGAGGCAUCGCGAUUACUCUCCAUCGACGCGCGUAGCUGUUCGAUGAGUAUGUGGUGA